ACAUUUUCAACAGGAGUCACUACUUUCACUGCGGGUCAUCCUCUCUCUAUCUUUUCUUUCUCCGCACAUUCCAUUUUGCACACUCAAAUUCAAUCCAUUUGCUUUCAUUCUCAUCCUUAUGUCCAAAUCCUGAAUCCUUAAAACACUUUUUCAGUUUCCAUUUCACUUGCUGGUGGCAAUGGAGGGUACCCUUUUCCCCAAUAGGCCACUUUUACCAGCAGCUCCUGCACAAAGACCAACACAAACUUUGAAAUUCAAGCCCAUUUCUUUUCCUCCACAAUCCCCUUCACCAUCACCACCUCCUUCUUUUCAAUUGGAUUCCCUUCUCCAACAUCUUCAGCAUCUCUCUUCAGUUCCCAUCACCGCUCAGCCACCUUCUCAGAGUGACACCACCCAUUUUAGUUCCCUUCAUUCAAAGCACCCCACUUCAGCUUCUGCCCCCAUAUUUGAUCAGAACCAAUUUGAUGAUUCAAAGUUUGGAUUUUUAUCAGACAGAGGUAAGUUGCUGCUCAGUUCAAUUGUUGGGUCACCUUUGCAUGAAUUGAAUGGUUUUUUCAACUCUGCUGAGUUUGAGUUGCUUGAGGUUGAUUUUCCCAGCCUGUUGAAAGCCUUGGACCUUUCUGGGAACUGGGAAAGGGCGCUUUUGCUGUUUGAAUGGGGUUGGUUGCAUUUUGGGAGUCGUCAAAAUUUGAGGUUGGACAAUCAGGUUGUUGAAUUGAUGGUUAGGAUAUUGGGGAGAGAGUCACAGCAUUCAAUUGCAUCUAAGUUGUUUGAUUUAAUUCCUGUGGAGGAAUACUCGCUUGAUGUCCGUGCUUACACCACCAUUCUUCAUGCGUAUGCUCGAACGGGGAAGUAUAAACGGGCUAUUGACAUGUUUGAGAAGAUGAAGGAGAUUGGUCUUGAUCCAACUUUGGUCACUUACAAUGUUAUGCUUGAUGUUUAUGGCAAGAUGGGUCGUUCUUGGAACCGAAUCUUGGAGUUGUUGGAUGAGAUGAGGGGUAAAGGGCUUGAGUUUGAUGAGUUUACUUGCAGCACUGUGAUCUCUGCUUGUGGGAGAGAGGGUAUGCUAGAUGAAGCAAGGAAGUUUUUGGCUGAUUUGAAAUUGAAUGGUUAUAAACCAGGAACUGUUACGUAUAACUCUUUGCUGCAGGUUUUUGGAAAAGCUGGAAUUUACACUGAGGCCUUGAACAUCUUGAAAGAAAUGGAGGAUAAUAAUUGCCCUCCUGAUUCUGUUACAUACAAUGAGCUUGCAGCAACGUAUGUAAGAGCUGGGUUUCUUGAUGAAGGGAUGGAUGUCAUAGACACAAUGACAAGCAAAGGAGUAAUGCCAAAUGCUAUUACUUAUACCACUGUAAUUGAUGCCUAUGGUAAGGCAGCAAGGGAGGAUGAGGCGUUAAAGUUGUUCAGCAAGAUGAAGGACUCAGGUUGUGCUCCCAAUGUAUACACAUACAACUCUGUUCUUGCCAUGCUAGGCAAGAAGUCAAGAUUCGAAGACAUUAUUGAGGUUCUCUGUGAGAUGAAAUCGAAUGGAUGUGCUCCUAAUCGCGCCACAUGGAACACCAUGCUUGCUGUAUGUGGCGAGGAGGGUAAGCACAAUUAUGUUAAGAAGGUCUUGAGGGAAAUGAAAAACUGUGGAUUUGAGCCUGACAAAGACACAUUCAAUACAUUGAUUAGUGCAUACGCUCGGUGUGGAUCUGAAGUUGAUUCUGCAAAAAUGUAUGGGGAAAUGGUUAAAGCAGGCUUUACUCCAUGUGUAACAACUUACAAUGCUCUUCUAAAUGCCCUUGCUCGGCGAGGCGAUUGGAAAGCGGCUGAAUCUGUCGUUCAGGACAUGCGGAUGAAGGGCUUUAAGCCUAAUGAAACUUCAUACUCACUGUUGCUCCAUUGUUAUUCCAAGGCUGGGAAUGUCAAGGGGAUUGAGAAGAUUGAGAAAGAAAUUUAUGAUGGUCAUGUCUUUCCUAGUUGGAUACUUUUGAAAACCCUUGUCCUAUCAAACCACAAGUGCAGAGACCUUAGGGGAAUGGAGAGGGCAUUUGAUGAACUGCAAAAGUAUGGAUACAAACCUGAUUUGGUUGUAAUUAACUCCAUGCUUUCAAUGUUUGCCCGGAACAAGAUGUUUUCAAAGGCCCGCGAAAUGCUGCAUUUUGUUCACGAAACUGGAUUGCAGCCAAAUCUUUUCACUUAUAACAGCUUGAUGGAUUUGUAUGUCCGAGAGGGUGAGUGUUGGAAAGCAGAAGAAGUGCUCAAGGGAAUUCAAAACACUGGUCCAAAGCCAGAUGUUGUUUCUUAUAAUACUGUUAUCAAGGGAUUUUGUAGAAAAGGGCUCAUGCAGGAGGCUAUUAGAGUUCUCUCAGAGAUGACCACUAAGGGGAUUCAACCAAGUAUAGUUACAUACAAUACUUUCUUGUCAGGCUAUGUAGGAAUGGAGUUGUUUGAUGAAGCAAAUGAAGUCAUUAGAUUUAUGAUUGAGCACAAUUGCAGGCCUAAUGAACUAACUUACAAGAUUGUAGUUGAUGGUUAUUGUAAAGCAGGGAAAUAUGAAGAAGCUAUGGACUUUGUGUCUAAAAUUAAGGAGAUUAAUACCUCUUUUGAUGAUCAAUCUGUGAAAAGACUAGGUUCUUGUAUUAGGGAGAGAGUGGAGUCUGCUUUGUGAACUAUCCUUUUGGUUUUCCAUUUAUAUAUACAUAUAUUUCUUUUAAUAA